GUUCGCCGCACCAAUGUUGAUUGCCCCUUUCAUGCUGGCCAUGGCUCUGGGAACCAACCCUAACAUCCCCGCACUUUUCAGCCCGGUCCUGUCGCCGGGUGCGGAAAUCUGCCUUCCAAGCGACAAAGUUUGCGGUCCGGUCAUCUCACGAUGGUCUACAUUCAAAACCCCAUCAUAUAUAGCUACAAUAAAACCGGCUACCGAGGAAGAUGUUCAGAAAAUUGUGCAAACCGCCACAAAGGCAGAACUUCCCUUCUUCGUCACAGGGGGAGGGCACGGAGUCAGCAUGAGGUUCUCGGCCGUCCGGGACGCCAUCAAUAUCGACCUGAGCAACUUGAAAUCGGUCCAAGUCGAUUUGGCUGGUAGUUUGGUGACGAUUGGGAGUGGGGUUGAGAAUGCCCAGCUCUACGAUCUGCUGGCAUCGCUUCGGAAAGAAACACCUCUGACCACCGAGCGCUGCAUCAAUACAGUCGGGACCACCAUUGGAGGGGGCUUGGGGCCACUGUACGGAAUUCAUGGCCUAACACUGGACGCACUACUCUCCGUUCGCCUGGUCACAGCAGCUGGAGAACUGUUGACCGUAAGCCCACAUGAGAAUCCGAAUCUUUUCUGGGCCAUCCGCGGGGCCGGCGCCAACUUUGGUGUUGUCACCUCCGCCAGGUACCGGAUCUACGAUGAGACCAAUGCUGGAAACCGCAUCCAAGCCAUCUUUCAAUUUGCGCCCAUUGGCAACCUCUCCGUUUUUGAGCUGCUACAGUCCUGGGACGACCACAUACCCCCGGAACUUUUCCUGGGGGUUCAUCUGUCAUACGACCAGACGAGUCGGAAGCCCACCAUCACGAUGAAAUUCGACUUUACUGGGCGCAAGGAGGCCGCACAACAGUAUCUAGAUCAGAUCCAGGGACUGAACCCGAUCUAUCAAUCCAUCGAGACAAUCCCGUGGCACAAUAACCAGUCCCCAGACCCGCCGGAAUGUGAGCGAGGCAAAUACACCAGCCUAUGUAGUUUUGGCCUCCAUCGGACCGACCCGAUCGCCCUUUCCGAGUACCUUCACAACCUCACCGAAUUUGCAGCCGCACGUCCCUGGUUGAAUGCCACGUUGAUGUGGCAACGUCUGUCCCCAGGAUUUGUGACAACGGUGCCCGAGAACCACCGAGGAGUGUACCCGUGGCGUGAUACCAAAGUGAACGUAGGCCUGUCCGCGACGUACCCUGGGCCGGAAUAUGACGACAUUGUAAAUGACUUCGUGAGACGAGCCCGGGAACGCCUCAACGAAGCCAUGGGCUACGCAGGCCUUCAUGUCUACGUUAAUCAGGCCAUUGGAGAUGAAGGGCCUGCCGCAUGGUAUGGAGAGAAGAAUCUGGAGAGGUUGGGGGCGCUGAAACAUCAAUGGGAUCCAAGCCAUCACUUCGGAGCGAGUGCCCCCAUUACCAGUCGUAGUGACUAGUUGCG